GGUACUUUGUGUGACAAUUGUACCCAAUAACCCGAUCUCACCUCCUUUCACGACCUUUACAACCCAAAAGAAACCAAAGGCUUUUUCUUCAAAGAGAGUUCCCACCAGCCCUAAUCCUCCAUCUACUUCUCAAACUCGUUCAUGGAACAUCCAAAGAACAUUUCUCCAAUAACUUCUGCUAUUAUUUUUCUCCUUUUAGUUGGAGUUCUCUACAUCUGUGUCUGGUCUCCUUCAAUAACAAACCCUUUACUCCCCUACCAAGAAACCAACUGUCCACCCUCAAAUCUUACUACUACAGUAAAGUUUCCUGUAAAGGACGAGCUUGAUUUGGCGCUGGAUGAAGCUUCCAUGCCGAACAAGACCGUGAUCAUUGCGGUUGUCAACCAAGCUUAUGUUGAGCAAAGAGUUAAUGCAGAGAUAACAAUGCUGGACCUUUUCUUGGAGAGCUUUUGGUUAGGAUAUGAUACCAGGGCAUUGCUGGACCAUUUGCUACUUGUUACCGUCGACCAAACGGCUUAUGAUCGGUGCAAAUUCAAGCGGUUGCACUGUUAUAGAUUGGUGACGGACGGUGUUGAUUUUGGCGGAGAGAAAGUUUAUAUGUCGCAGGAUUUUAUUAAGAUGAUGUGGAGAAGAACUCUUUUUCUUUUAGAUGUCUUGAGGCGUGGGUACAGUUUCAUUUUCACGGACACAGACGUAAUGUGGCUACGAAAUCCAUUUGCAAAGCUAAGCCUAAACGAAACCAGGGACCUACAAAUUAGUGUUGAUACAUUCAAUGGCGAUCCGCGACCUGAGCAUAAUUUUAUCAACACCGGCUUCUACUACAUCAGAUCAAAUAACAAGACCAUCUCACUGUUCGACACAUGGUAUUCCAUGAAGGACAAUUCCACAGGGAAAAAGGAGCAAGAUGUGUUGCUAGACCUACUGCAUCAUGGGUUCAUUAAGCAACUGGAUCUCCAAGUAAGCUUCUUGGAGACCAAGCAUUUCAGCGGCUUUUGUCAAGACAGCAGCGAUGUCAGUGCAGUAACAACGGUCCACGCAAAUUGUUGCCGCCACAUAAGUGCAAAGGUUAGAGAUUUGACGGCUGUCCUCCGUGAUUGGAAGCGGUUCAAGGCUGCUGUGACGAAGUACCCCAAGGUAGCUCAUAAUAUAACUAGGAGUUUUAGGUGGUCAACACACAGCGGAUGUUGGAAUUCAUGGAAAAAUACAACAUUAAGUUAAACAUAUUGAUAGACUAAUCUGUUGGUUUGAUAAUUUCUUUAAGCAAAUUAAAGUAAUUCCUUCAGACUUACAUAAAUCUAUCUUUACACUUUUGUUGAGAACAUUACAUGCAUGCUUUCAAAAUAUUUUCAAUGGUGCCAUAUUAGUUGUAAAAGAGAAUGAUAUUAAGUGAUGAUAAAACAUGUUAGAAGUGAUUUUUUAUUUUUCCACAUUUGUGUAUGGUCUAACCCUUUUCUCCUCUAUCAAGAAAGCAACUAUCCACACUCUAAUGUUGUAAGUACAUAAUUUAUGCUAUUAUAUAUUAACUUCUAUAUCUAAGCACAAAUAUGCACACUUUUAUGUCAACCUUUUGUGAUGAAAACACAUUAUUUCUUUACAUACUACCAUAAAGUUUCCGGCAAACGACAAGCUUGAUUUGGCGUUA